AUGAGCACGAAUACUCAAAUCCAGGGGAGGAUCGCCAAAAAUGACGAAAAGUCGAACAAGCUUGAGGUUGAGCAGGUGGAUACUCCAACCCCCGGAGAGUACGAAGUGCUCGUGAAAAUCCACGCCGUGUCUCUCAAUUUCCGCGAUUUGAUGAUUGUCCGGGGUGACUAUCCCUUCUCACUGCAACUUCCGGUCGUUCCAUGCUCAGACGGUGCCGGCGUAGUCGUUGCGAUUGGCAGCAAAGUAACACUCUGGGCGACGGGAGACCGCGUGAUAACUCUCAUGAGCCAAAGCCAUCUGUACGGCCCUACCACAAGUAAGACCGCAGAAUCCGGGCUUGGUGGUGGUCGAGAUGGAACAUUGCGCCAAUACGGAACCUUCAACGAACAGGGGCUAGUCCGGGCGCCUCGAAAUCUGAGCUAUGCUGAAGCCAGUACCCUUUGCUGUGCUGGAGUCACCAGCUGGAACGCUCUGUACGGCUUGAAGCCACUGAGAGCUGGGCAGUCAGUUUUGGUUCUCGGCACCAGUGGUGUCAGCCUUUUCGCCUUGCAGUUCGCAAAAGCUGCUGGUGCAAGAGUCUUCGCAACGACUUCAUCGGAAGAGAAGGCCGCAACUCUCAAAAAGCUGGGCGCGGACCAUGUGAUCAAUUACGCCCGCGAUCACUCCUGGGGACAGAGCGUCAAAGAUCUCACUCCAGGCCAACAGGGUGUCGACAAUGUCAUAGAGGUGGGUGGCGUUCGCACUCUACGCGAAAGCAUGAAAGCAGUCCGAACAGAAGGUGUUAUGAGCUGCAUCGGCUCGGUUUCCGGCGCGAUCAACGAGACCCAGAAUGUGCCUUCGGUACUGGACUGCUGGCUCAAUAACUUCGUUGCUCGUGGGGUAGCCGUGGGUUCCAGGGCUCAGAUGGAGGACAUGGUGACCGUCGUCGAAGCCAGAGAUAUCCAUCCUAUUGUCGAUAGGAAGAGUUUCAGUAUCCACGAAACGAAGGAGGCUUUCGAGCAUUGCGCACGCGGCAGCGGUUUUGGCAAGACUGUCAUAACUCUCGCAUAA